AGAGAGUAGCCUAGUUUAUCCUGCUUUCUAACUGUAAUGACCAUUAAUGUACAACAUAAAGUUACACAAAGAAAGAUUAUGUUCGUGAUGCUAGCAGUAGAUAUUAACUGUACAUCCCCACAGGCCUAGGCUACUUGCUAAGAUAGCUAUCUUUUACAGUGUUGGAGCCUGGGGGGGCGUGAACGGCGGAUGCAGCAGGCGCAGAUAGAGGGGGGGUCGGAACCAGGCACACAGUAAAAAGAGAGAGAGAUGUGCAAGAGUCUGCCAAUAAAAAUCGAUCUCUUCUGCUCUAAUUCACACACUAGCUCAGGUCGAUAUAGCCUGCCUCUCUCUCUCCCCGCUGCUCUCCUUCUCUCUAUCUCUCUCCAUCACAUGCACGUACGCUCGCGGCAGCCGCCAGCUUGUAUGCGUCCCUCCUCGCGCCAGAGAGUGGCCGCCUGGCUGCUCGCGCUGCCGUUGGGGAGAGGUGGAGAGGAAUGUGCGCGCCGCGGCCGACUGGAGAUGAUCUCGUUUUGGCUGCUGUGCUGGAAGCUGUUGGUAGAGAGCUACAACUGGGCUAAGGAGGACAACACCUGAGCUAACAGACGCUAACCACGACAACGGUAGCUCCAGCAGCAAUAACCCCGUCUGCCCUCCCUCUCCCCCACUGCUAGUCAGUCCAGUUACCAUGGAGAUGAGCUCAUCAGCACCACUAACAGACGGAGGAGAGAGCCUUUUUAGUUGCCACAACCAGGAAGAGGACGAACUAGGUUUUCCUGGGGUCCAUAGGGUGGAAGACAAGGCUGUAGGAGGAGAAAAUAGGAAAGGAGAUGAGUGUGACUAUCUCAUUUUUGAGAUGGGAGAUGAGAAAGGAAGAGAGGUCAGUGAAAGUGAAAGAGGAGAGGAUGAAGGGAGUGGGGAGAUAGAGGGAGAAGAAGAAGAGAGGGGAAAAACAGAAGGAGAAAUCGAAAGAAGAGAAAUAGAGACAGAGGAUGAAGACAGAGGGAGAUUCAAGGGAGAAGAUGGAAAUGAAAGAGAAACAGAGAGUGAUAGCUGGGAAAGAAGAGAGAUAGAGGGAGACGAUGAAACCAGAGAGAGUACAGAGGGUGGGGAGGUAGGGGGUGGAGAAGAGGGAGAAGACCCAGGAGCAAAAGACACAAAAGAAGAGGAUCGCUGGAUCAGAGGAAUAGAGGAAGAGGCAAAAGAAGAUGUCUUUUCAGAUCUCCUCUUCCCCUCAGACAGUCUGCUGCAUCCUUCACCAUCUGAGCCACUAGGUGCCACCUCAGAUCCUCUGGAGGCCGUGCCACAAGAAGUUUGGGGUCCCGACUUCACCAUCAGGGAUGACCUGAGUGACAGCCACCUCAGUGACUGCCUCCAAGCAGAGCGUGUCAUCGUGUACUCAGACAGCGAUGCAGGUGAGGACCAGUGGUCAGCUUUUGCCCCCUCUGACAUCACCAGCCAGAUCGAAGAAGAGAGGAAGAAAGAUGUAACAUUUGAAGAAGAGGAGAAGGUCAAAGGAGAGGAAGAAGACAAUGAAGUCAAAGCAGAUGCAAAAAAACAAGAGCAGAAGAGAGAGGUGGAGGUGGAGGAAUACAGGGUGGGAAGAAAGGAUGAUGAUGAAGACCAGAUGAGGUUGAGGAGAGAUCUUUUCCUACGGUCUCCUUCAGUAAGCUCCACAGCGAGCUCCACGGACCCCGACAAGAAGGUGAGUUUGCUGUUUGUAUGUAGCCUGAUGGCAGAGACACGGGGAUGUUCUUUUGUGCUUUUAACUUGGUUCAACACUUUUCAUCAGACAUUUAACAGAGAUGAAUUAUAACAACAAAAAUGUUUGCCAAACUUUUUUGACAUUUUUUGACAAAAAUAAAAGCAAGUAAGCUACCCCUAACUUAAGCUAUCUCCAAAAAGAAAAGCCUAGACUUAAACCAGAACAGAUAUACGCACACAUGGGGCUUUAUAAACUCUGGUCUUAACAGAGUACCUGUCAGUUAGCCAACGGUGGAUGGAGCUGUGUCUCUGUCACUCAUCUGUUACAGUUUCUGACACUUUUCAUCUGUACCACUCAAAACUGUACUAUCAGUGUCUGACAGAGGGAGCUGCAGCAUGUGCAUGAUUGUAAGAGCCUUGAGCCCAUCACCCAGCAUUAGCACUCGCAGUUUGCAUCAGAGUUCUAGGACAUUAAUUCAAGCAUCAACUAAAGUGAACUAUGUAGUUAUAGCACAGACAGAUCUCAGAAGUAUUCAUUGCUGUAUUAUAACAAAACAUGUUC